AUAUACUGUGCCACAGUUGUCCAUUUGUCCAUUAUGACAUUUCGGAUGACAGAUUAGUGUGUAAUUCGCGACUGCUUUUGAUGAUCUUAUUGUGCGCUUGAAAUUAUCGUCACUUGACGAUAACGCAAACAAGAACGCGACACUCGAUGAUCGUGUGUUGAUUAGAUCGUUUACGAUUACGUAAAUCGAGAAACGUAAUUUCUUAUCAUCUGAUAACACUAACGAGACUCAUCGCUAUCUUGAUUUAGUUGGGUUAAAUGGUGAAGAUGACACCGUUGGAUGAGGGAAGGAUCAGACAAGGCUUGACUAAGUAUCAAAAUCCAGAUAUAACAAAGAAACAUGUAGUGAGUGUCUUAAAUCUUUACAAAGGAUUGGUUUUUGAGAUUGAACCUUUUGUCUUCAAUGAUGGCUCGCGCAAAGAGCUGCUCAACUUACAAGGAACUAUACCUGUUGUUUAUAAAGGCACUUGCUACAAUAUUCCAAUCUGCAUAUGGCUGAUGGAUACGCAUCCUAACAAUGCACCUAUGUGCUAUGUUAAGCCAACAGCAGAUAUGCAUAUUAAAGUCAGUAUGUUUGUGGAUCAUAAUGGUAAAAUCUAUUUACCAUAUCUUCAUGAUUGGGUGCCUCACAAUUCAGAUUUGCUUGCUCUAAUUCAAGUUAUGAUUGUCACUUUUGGAGAGCAACCUCCAGUUUAUGCCAAGUCGAGAUCAGAAGUGCAACAGAGUUCUACGCCAUAUCCUGUUCAACCGUUCAUGCCUGUACCUGGUAGUGGAAAUGUAUCAAAUUCCAAUUUUCCACCAUAUCCACCAAGUUCUCAAUACUCUGGUAGCAGCAAUGUAUAUCCACCUUAUCCGGCUACAGCAUCUGGAGGAUUUGCAUAUCCAGGUUCUUAUGGUUCUUAUGCUGGAACCACUCCCAGCUACCCGACACAAGGCUACAAUGGCCCGUAUCCAUCUUAUCCACCAGCUACACAACCGUCACCGACAAUACAGUCAGGUAGUUCCGGUAGCUCUGGUACGAUCACAGAGGAACAUAUAAGGGCAUCUCUGCUAUCCGCGGUAGAAGAUAAACUCCGACGUCGACUCAAGGAACAAUUCUCGCAGUUACAAGCGGAACUUGAGACACUGCGACGAACGCAGCAAGAAUUGACAAGCGGCUCAUCGCAUUUGACAGACUUAUUUGAGAAACUCAGAAGAGAGAAGCAGGAACUUGAAAAAAACAUAAAUAUCCUGCAAGAUAAGGAAGCAGAACUGGAGAAAGAGAUUGCUAAACUGUCCGAUAAUCAGUCUAUAGAUGUUGACGAAGCUGUUACUACCAUAGCACCAUUGUAUAAACAGAUGCUAAAUGCUUUCGCCGAAGAAGCAGCCACGGAAGAUGCCAUUUACUAUCUCGCUGAAGGAUUACGAUCCGGCAUCAUAGAUCUAGAUGCAUUCCUAAAGCAAGUCCGACAAUUGUCGCGCAGACAAUUUAUGUUAAGGGCGCUGAUGCAAAGAUGUCGACAAAAAGCUGGUCUAGCUGGUUGAAAAAUGCCUCUCUUGCACUUUGUUCUAGAGAAAGUGUGUUGCAAUAUAUUCUGUUUUGUUAUAAAAUAUCUCUUAUUAUAUAAUGAAGAUGGAAUAACUAUAAUUUACAACUCUUGCCAGUGUUGAAGAAUAUGGAGGAUUAUUUAAUCAGCGGUAAGCCCCAUCUUCUUCUGCUUUCAAUAGAAUGGAAGGCAAAUCAUUUUACAUAAAGAAAUAUAAGAAAAUGCAUAUAUUUAAUGAAGAUACAGCAAAUAUUGCACAUUUAAAUAUGAGAAUAGAUAAUAUUUCUUUUCAUACAAGGCUAUGUUACCAUUAUAUAUUAUUGCAUGAUUAAACUAAUUACGCUCGCGACCCGCGUUUGAGAAAAAAAAACGCUAGCCUUUAUUUUUCCAAGGUGCAAAGAAUUGUGUACCUGUUCUAUAAACUUUUAUGCCUUCAUUGUGAUAAAGAACAAAUAAACUUAUGCACGAAAAA